AUGGCUCCAUCCGCCACCGAAACUGUCACGGUCACCCAGCCGCCACUAAAGCUGCACUCUACGACUUCCGGCACGGGUGACUACAAGCAACUGCAAGCCCACCACGUCGAUAGGGACGCCGAGGAAGGCAGGAAGGCAGGUAUCAAAGGUGCUAAGUAUGCCAACUACCUUCCCACAUGGGAACCUAGCCAGCGGUACCCUCCCCUGACUCCAUUUGAGCACUACGAACAUGGAAAGGAUGCAGACACCUCCUUCAAGGACCUCCUCCCAGUGGACUCACAGGUUGUCGACCUAACGCCGACCAUCGGGACCGAAGUCCGCGGCGUCCAGCUCUCCAAGCUCUCGAGCGCGGGCAAGGACCAGCUGGCCCGCUUCGUGGCAGAGCGCAAGGUCGUUGCCUUCCGUGGGCAGGAUUUUGCCGACCUGCCUAUCGAGGAGGCUCUGGAGUGGGGCGGGUACUUUGGGCGACACCAUAUCCACCCCACGUCCGGCUCGCCCGCCGGACAUCCUGAGGUCCAUCUCGUCCACCGGGCCGAAGGUGACAAGAGCCACGAGGCGUUCUUCGAGACACGCACGAGUUCAGUCGCCUGGCACUCGGACGUCUCGUACGAGGCGCAGCCACCAGGCACGACGUUCUUGUACAUACUGGACAAGCCGGAGACGGGAGGCGACACCCUCUUCGUAGAUGCCGUAGAGGCCUACAACCGACUGAGCCCCCUGUUCCAAGAGCGGCUGCACGGACUACAGGCGGUGCACUCUGGCAUCGAGCAGGUGAACGCUGCCGUGUCUAGGGGCAGCAUCAAGAGAAGAGAGCCGGUGUACCAUUCUCACCCUAUUGUGAGAACGCAUCCGGCGACAAGAGAAAAGGCACUGUAUAUCAACCCGCAGUUCACACGAGAGAUCGUUGGGCUCAAGAAGGAGGAGUCGGAUGCACUCCUGAAGUUCCUGUAUGACCACCUGGCCUACGGGGCUGACUUCCAGGCGAGGGUCAAAUGGGAGGAGGGCACUGUUGUCAUGGACGGGACCGAGAGGGCUGCGCUCGACGUGUCCUGGCUUUCCGGGCCGGCCGGACUUGCUCCCUUGGCACCCGGUUGGUCCGGAGAUGGGCGCCUGUGA